CAAUCGAACCUGACUUCCUGCUCCUCCUUUCAUGAGUGUUUCUGUGGGCUCUGCGCCUUCUUUUUGUACCCCUGCAAACAGCAAGAGAGAUGGCCGUCCCCAGGCUGUGGCGGAGCGACCACCUGCCGUUCCUGAGCAUCAUGAUCCUCUCCGUUGUGGUCAUCUCCCUGCUAUUCUAUGCUCUCCUCUGGAAGGCCGGCAACCUCACUGACCUGCCCAACCUGAGAAUUGGCUUCUACAACUUCUGCCUGUGGAACGAGGAUGCAGGCUCCCUGCAAUGUCAUCAGUUCCCUGAGCUGGAGGCCCUGGGGGUGCCUCGGGUUGGCCUGGCCCUGGCCAGGCUUGGAGUGUACGGGGCCCUGGUCCUCACCCUCUUUGUCCCCCUGCCUCUCCUCCUGGCCCAGUGCAACAGUGAUGAGGGAGAGUGGCAGCUGGCAGUGGGAUUCCUGGAGGCGGCAUCUGUGCUGCUGGCCAGUGGCCUGGGCCUCUUCCUCUCCUAUGUGUGGAAGUGGGUCAGGCUGUCCCUCCUGGGGCCUGGGUGUCUAGCUCUGGGCACUGCCCAGACCUUGCUCAUUGUCUUGCUUACAGCCACGGUUCUGUUCCCUCAGAGGGCCAAGAAGGACAAGAGCAAGCUUGAGAGCUGCUAGUCCUGUCCAAAGGCUGCAUGAUUGCAAGGGGUCCAUUCCAACUCCACUGAGAAGGUGCCAGAGAAUUCGUGGCCUAGCAGGUCCUCUCCGCCAUCAUGUUCCAUAGCUAAUGUUGAUCUCCAGCUCCAACAGGGGGAGCCCGCUUUGGAGCGAGCACGGCCCUCAGCGCCAAGGGGGCCAAGAGGCAGCAAGGGUGGCUGGGACACCUGUGGCUUCUUAGUGUAGUUCUGUCUGUCCUUUGGGACGUCCAGUGAUCCCAAGGAUACCCUAAAACCACAAAACUCAUUGUCACACAAUUCCUGCUUUAACUGAUCUGAGCAGUUCUUACUCUAGCCUCAGGAGGGUGGGGAGGUAAGGAUUCCUGUCCCAGGGCCAGGUUUCCAAGCUGAUUUGCAAAAUGCCAGUAGAGGUUUAUGGCAACAAAAGAGAUCACUUUAAUGUCCCUUAGCCCUGGUUAGCAAGCUUGCACUCUGUUGUCUGUGGCGAGCAGACCACAAUGCCCCUUACCAGGACUCCACCCCCAAAGGCCCAGGAAGGAUCUCUUGGGGAUUCAACAAAGACAGCACACAUGGGGCACAAAGAGAAGCCCUGGCAGGGCUGCAGGUUCUCCCCCAAAGACCCCUGGACCUGAAGCCAGACACAGCAGAGUCAGCAGUCAAAUCCUUCCAAUUCUGUGACCCAGGAGUAUGCCAAGCCUACAGGCAGGAGGAGAAGGCGAACAGGCUAAGUGUUCCCCCCACAUGCUGUACCCCUUCACUUCACAACCCAAAUGGGACAGGAUGCAAGCACAACAACUCAUGCACUGGGGAACUUCAUGUAUUUUUCAGCACCUUUAUAUUGGAAAACCUGUAGAGCAAAUGAUUUACUAAUUCUAUGCCUAUCAAAAGCCACACUGAAUAGAGAGGCAGAAACGUGGA